AUGACGCAGGGCCUUUUCGUGGCCACCACUCUUCGAAGGCUCCAGUGUGAAGGUUAUGACCAUGUGGUGGACGUGUGGGAACAGGCUUGGCACGAAUCGAUCGUGGGUUGGUUCCGCUUUGGCGCCGACCUUCAAGCGGUGGUGAUCGCAAGCUGGGCCAUGCAGAUCCUGCAAAUGGUUGUCUAUGCACUGUAUGGUAUGCCAACACGAUGUCUGCGAUUCGAGUGUCAAAGCGAAAAGACCGGCUAUGAUGUCAUAUGCUCUUGCUUGGGAACUAUGUGGCACGCAGACACCAUGAAGGCGCUGGCCGGCUCCAAUCGGAUGCCUCUGCUGCAGAUGGGCCAACUCGAGCUGAGCCUGAUCCGGGCCGACGAGUUUCUCCAGGAAGCGGAGCCGAACUUUGCAAGGUACUAUGCCGUCCUGAAGUCCGAGCUGCGAAUUCUCCUCUUGCGGAUUGUGUUGGUUGGUUGCUGUGUGAACUGUUCGAAAUUAGAGAUUCAGUCCACGAUGUUUGCCCUAACUCGGGCUGGGAAGCGAACUGGCUUACGGAAAGCAGAUGCAGAAGAACUGCUGAGCCUGGCCGUGGCGCAUUUCACUUCCCUGUUUGCUCUGCAUGUGGCCCUGGCCAGUGUCCUGGACCUGAGGGCAGGCAUCAAGAAAGCUAGAAGGCUACAAGAGGAGAAGCAGACAGCUAUCAUCGCCGAAAUUCGCUGGCUGUUUCGUUUUGUCUACGGCUGCGUGGCCUUUUGUGUCGUCACACAGUGCCAUUGUGUGGCUAAGCUCAUUGCUGCUUUUGUUUGCGAGGACUCAGUUUGGGAUUUACCCAUGCACUGCGUCGACCUUCAUUCUACUGCUCCAAAGUCGUGA